CCCACGCCGUAGAUCUUCAAUCACAUGACAAAGUUCCAUUUCCUGUUGCUAUUGUAUCACACUUCCAUGUUUUUCGUCUCAAACAUUGAAGUAAUGUAAACCACGGACGUUGUCACUGUCGUGUGAUUUGUCGCACAUUGAAAGUUAGUGUACACGUCUCGUCACCAGCGAGGGAAACAACAUGGCGAACAACUGUGUGGUUUUCCAGAGCAAGUUAACCUCCAUCAUGGAGAUGCUCGCUAAAGCUGCCGUGGUGGAGAUCAGUAAGCUCUGGGAGGACGGAUUCGCCCUCGUACAGGUGGAGCUGCGCCGCAGGGAGAGCGAGAUUGAAGCCCUGAACAGAAAGUUGGUGUUGAUGGAAAACGAGCGGGGUCACAAUACAAGUCUGUCUUCAUCAUCAUCUUCCUCAUCAUCUUCCUCCAUAAGAGAGCAACAGAACGUGCUGCUGCCGCCCAACGGUGAUGGGCUGAGUAUAGAUUCCGUGCAGACAUUGUGUUCUGAUCAGAGCGCCAGAGAGAAGGCGGACACCUCAGCGAAUCGCCAAACACCACCACCACCAUCACAGACAGAAGAGAUACAGUGCGAGCAGCUCAAAGGGGACCUCUGUGCUAGUGACGGCCGGGAUGACGAUGAAGACUUAAUAGUGAAGCUAGAGGACGAGGACGACGUUCAGAUCGUGGAGCAGAAUGUGGAAAUUGAUAACAGCGCUAAUGAUGGAGCGGGUGACCACGAUCUGGAAGCGAACCUCCAACCCGUCGAGGCGAUGGAGGAACAAGAGAGCCAGCAGUGGUCGUCGGUUUCCGUGGGAGACAGUGACCCUGCUGACGACUCUGACUGCUUCUUUGAACCUAAACAGCUGUCACAACAUCUGGACUCAGAAAUCCUGCUCAUUCAGAACGCUUUGGACAUUUUUGAAAGUUCCUCGGAGGCACCGUACUCGGACAGGUUUAUGCGGGAUAAUGGACAAGGUGCAUCGAGUAAAUCAAGGGCUACUAUGACUUUAAGCCAAGCUGAGCCAAGUCAACCUAUAGAAGCAAUAGACCCAGAGAGAGAAGUGUCCAUCAGGUUCUGCCCGGAUAAACAACCUCAAACUAAAGACUUAUCUUUCAACUCGGACAGCAGAUUCUUUCUUUUAAACGACCCCGAGUUGCAUAAAACGAUAGCGAGUCGCCGCAUAAAGGAGAAAUGGUACAUCUGCCCGUUCUGCGGUAAAAGCUUCGAUCGCAUCAGCCACCUGGAGAUUCAUCAGAGGAUUCACACGGGAGAGAAGCCGUACACAUGCGACACGUGUGGCAAGUGUUUUUCUCAGAGGAGCAACCUCCGCACUCAUCAGCGGACUCACAAAGAGGCUCUUUCCCAGAAUGCAGUUUGAAAAGCUAGAUGUAUGUGUGUCUAGAUCAGGGGAGUCCAAACUUUUUUACCGAGGGCCACAUACAGAAAAAUAUACGGAGAGCUGGGCCACUUAUAGAGGUGAAUAUUGCUUCAUAAGUUAAAUGAUAAGUUAGCAAAACAAAUCAAAUGUAGGUGAAUAAUGUGCAAUACUUUCAAACGGUUUAAGGAAAAAACAACCUACAUCCCGUCUGACAUUUCAAGCUGGUUAUAGAAAUAAGUUAUUGGGCUUUUUGUUAUCAACUAAGAUUAGUUAUAAAAUGUUUACAAUUCUAAAUGACUACAUUUAUUUGAAAAUUGGGCUCAUUAAUAUAUUUGAACAUAUACAUUUCAGAAGUACAAAAUAAGACAAGCACAAGUUUAAUUUGUGGGCCAUAUUGCAUCAUAAUUUUAGAAUUUGCUGAGGGCCGAUUCAACUUGCACUGCAGGCCGCAUUUGGCCCCCGGGCCGUAGUUUGGACACCCUGGUCUAGAUGAACUAACCGAUUCCCUUUUUUAUAUUACUAAAGAGUAAUGUAGCUGACUGAUUUUACUGUGCAUUUCUUCUUCUUUUUUUUUUGAGACAUUUUAACUUUGACAUAGGGUUGGAGUGUAAGGACUAAGUAUUGGACUUGUGUUCUCUUUGUAAACCCAGCCAGUUAAGAGAUCUUAACACGUUAAAUUGCAAAUCUAAACAUGAACAUUAUUUCAGUUAUCAGAAGUAAUGAGGAUGUUAAACUCUAAUAUAUGUUUCAUAAAAUGCUACGUUACUGCAGCAUCUGAUCUAUGAUCCCUCUCUCCUCAUGUUUGAGGUCCCAAAAGCUAAACUGUUUGAAGUUUUAAUAAAGAACGACUCAUACGCUGUACUUUUUCAAAUAAACCUUUUAACAUUUA